GCGAGAUGAGUAGGUACGCCGAGGCUCGAAGCCACCCCGUCACGGAGAACGCUUCGGGACUUCGCGCGAUUCCCUCGGCGUCGUGUCGGAACGGCCACCAGCCCGGUUGUCCGUCUGGGGAUGCUCGACUUUUGAUCAGCCGCGAAGGAUGGGCGCAGGAGACAGACUACUCGAUAUACUCUGUACUGUAUGCGGUGAUCGUAGCUCUGGGAAACACUACGGCACCUACAGUUGCGACGGUUGUUCGGGAUUUUUUAAGAGGAGCAUCCACGAGAAUCGAAAAUACGUCUGCAAGGAACAAGGUGCUAUGAAAGGACAAUGCCGCAUCAAUAAGAAACUGAGGAACCAAUGUCGGGCUUGUCGGCUUGAUAUGUGCUUCAAAGCCAAAAUGAACAGAGACGCAGUACAACAUGUACGUGGUCCGAGGAAGCCGAAACCUCACUCAAUAAUUUCUGAGAAACAACAGUCGCCGAUGGAAAACAGCGAUCGAUUAAGGACUGGUCCUGGCUCUGGCUACGUUUUGCUACCCUCCAGAAGGUUAAGGUACGGCCAAAGGAUCAUGUCGUACCCACGACCAGUGGGGCUGGUGCAGAAACCACCGGAGGACUCUCAAUCCCCUGUAUCGCUGGGUCUGUCGCAUUCUCCUUCGGCCACGACCCUCUACUCGGCGCCCCCGAACGUCACCCUGCCGCCGCAACUGCCCCUCCUUCAGAUACUAAUGUCCGCCGAGAAGUGUCAGGAACUUGCAUGGAAUGCACGGCUACAACCGGAAUCGGAAUAUUCCCAGGAACAAACGGAAACGAGUCUAAACUCGUCGGGGACUUUGCAAACACCCCCUACACCUAUUCGAGAGUCGUUACAGGAAACCACCGCUCGUCUAUUGUUCAUGGCCGUGAGAUGGGUUCGAUCUCUCCCACCUGUCCAGGCGCUUUCGGAGAACGAUCAGUUGCUGCUGCUGGAGAGUUCUUGGACGCAACUGUUUCUUCUUCAUUUGUCGCAGUGGUUCACAUCCUGCAAUAUAACUGGAUUAUUGGAGGACGAACAGAUACGGGACAGAUUAUUGAAGGACGAUGCGACGACGAAUCAAGAUUUAAUCACGAUUCAGUCUAUAAUAUGCCGCUUCAGGCAACUCGCUCCUGAUGUUGGGGAAUGCGGAUGUAUGAAGGCAGUGGCGCUGUUCACUCCAGAAACGGAGGGCCUGCAAGCGGUGGAGACGAUCAAACUGUUACAGGAUCAGGCACAGUGCAUCCUGGGGGAUUACACGUCGACGCGAUAUCUGCAACAAUCGGGCAGAACCGGGUCGCUGAUGUACCUGGUCGGAUACCUGAAGUCUGUCAGCUCGAAAAUCGUCGAGCGGUUGUUCUUUCACGAGACCAUUGGCGAGAUUCCCAUCUCCCGUUUGUUGGUCAACAUGUGUCACAUGUAAAAAUCGAAGGGACUGUUCGUCGCGGAGGAACGAUUACACACGGCUUUCUAAAACUCUUCCGAUUCUUCAAGCCGGUGUACUAUAUAGAGAAUGAGAAAAGUUUUCGAAAUCUGUAGCUGAAGACUGUAACUAUAGGUGUAUGAAAGAAUCUCGGAUCUACCCGUGACCGACUUAGAUUUUACACGGCUCUUGUGAUUACUUUGGAGGCGUAGAGGAUAAGUUGCAA